GCGCGCGGCACCGCCCUCCUAGUCACGUGAUCGCUGAUUGGGAACGUUUUCCCUACUGCUCUCCUACCUCCGGCUCCCAGAAUCCUGCGCUAUGGCUGCCGCUGUACCGCGUGUCGCUUCUCUCUCCUCUCUGUUUCCCCUUUUUCUGAGUCUCCUGCUUUUCUCCGCCCCUCAUGGCGGCAGCGGCCUGCACACUAAGGGCGCCCUUCCCCUGGAUACAGUCACUUUCUAUAAGGUCAUUCCCAAAAGCAAGUUCGUCUUGGUGAAGUUCGACACCCAAUACCCCUACGGUGAGAAGCAGGACGAGUUCAAGCGACUGGCUGAAAACUCGGCCUCCAGUGAUGAUCUCUUGGUGGCAGAGGUGGGGAUUUCAGAUUAUGGUGACAAACUGAACAUGGAGCUGAGUGAGAAAUAUAAGCUGGAUAAAGAGAACUACCCAGUCUUUUACCUCUUCCGGGACGGAGACUUUGAGAACCCAGUCCCAUACAGUGGGGCAGUUAAGGUUGGAGCCAUCCAGCGCUGGCUGAAGGGGCAAGGGGUCUACCUGGGUAUGCCAGGUUGCCUGCCUGCCUAUGAUGCCCUGGCGGGGGACUUCCUCAGGGCCUCUAGUGUGGAGGCCCGCCGGGCGCUCUUGAAGCAGGGGCAGGACAACCUCUCAAGUGUGAAAGAGACUGAAAAGAAGUGGGCUGAACAAUACCUGAAGAUCAUGGGGAAGGUCUUAGAUCAAGGUGAGGACUUCCCAGCAACAGAGGUGUCUCGAAUCACCAAGCUGAUUGAGAAGAAUAAGAUGAGCGAUGGGAAGAAGGAAGAGCUCCAGAAGAGCUUAAACAUCCUAACUGCCUUCCAGAAAAAGGGGGUAGAGAAGGAGGAACUGUGAGAAGGCACUCUGGAGUGUCCCAGGGUUUGCUGGGGUAGGGAAGGGAGGGGAGAAUUACCUGCUGGCUGCAAGACUUUUGUGGGGUAUCAGGGGGUAGUGGAAAAACUGCUAUUAAACCAGAAAUCUGAGCCCUGAAUAUGCCUGGACAUCGAUGCUGAUGUGACCAUGCUUAGGACACCUCUAGAGCCAGUGUGGGGACAGCUGGAGCAUUUACUCUGAUGAGAGAAGGAAUCGGUGCUACAAAGAGGCAGGUACUGCCCAGGUCCUUGACAAGUGUAAUUCUGAUCCAAAUAAAGUUUCAGUGUUUUGGCUAA